CCUCGCGGGGCAUUGUGGGAGUUUAUGUAAAGCCAAGAUGGCAGCCGCCUGCGCCAGAAGGCUCGGUAAGGUCGGCUGGAUGCUACUGGAGGCUCCGGCCCGCCGAGCCGGGACCGUCCCGGUGUCGGUGGGGAACCUGGCGGCCUGCGGGUCCAGGAGGGCGUACGGGACCGGCGGUGCGGGGCUCCGGGCCCGGCUGCUCGGCGGCAGCGGCUGCAGGGCGCUGGGCUGCGCCUUCCUGCUCGGAGGAGGACUCGGCUUGUACCAGACCGUCAGGCUGUCCGUCCAGCAGCACCUGGCCGAGCAGGACGCCAAGGCGGCAGGAGGCGAUCUGAAGUUGACUCUGUACCAGUACAAGACGUGUCCCUUCUGCUCCAAGGUCCGGGCCUUCCUGGACUACCACGGGCUGCCCUACGAGAUCGUGGAGGUGAACCCGGUGAUGCGGCAGGAGAUCAAGUGGUCGACCUACAGAAAAGUUCCUAUCCUGAUGGUGAACAGCGACCUGCAACUGAACGACUCGUCUGUCAUCAUCAGCUCCCUGAAGACGUACCUGGUCGGCAGGGAGAAGAGCCUGGAGGAGAUCCUGCGCUGCUACCCGGAGAUGAAGUCGGUGAACGAGCGCGGGAAGGAGGUGACGGAGUACAACAACAAGUACUGGCUGAUGCUGAGUCUGGACGAGACGCAGCACAUGUACCCCGAGAAGAGCCUGCAGAAAGAGGAGAUGAAGUGGCGGCAGUGGGCCGACGACUGGCUCGUGCACCUCAUCUCUCCCAAUGUGUACCGGACCACCGGCGAGGCCCUGGCCUCCUUCGACUACAUCGUCCGCGAGGGCAAGUUCGGCACGUACGAAGGCUUCUUCGCUAAAUACGUCGGCGCCGCCGCCAUGUUUAUCAUCGCCAAAAGACUGAAGAGCAGACACAACCUGCAGGACGACGUGAGGCAGGAUCUCUACAAGGCCGUCAACGACUGGGUGGCCGCCAUCGGCAAGAAGAGGAAGUUCAUGGGUGGAGAGGAGCCCAACCUGGCAGACCUGGCGGUGUUCGGCGUGCUCAGGGUGAUGGAGGGCCUGCAGGCCUUCGACGACAUGAUGGAGAACACCAAGGUGAAGUUCUGGUACCGGCGCAUGGAGCGAGCCACGCAGAACCACGAGGGCAGGAAGUGACGUGACGUGAUGGCAGCGGAGCGGCGAGCAGAGCGGCGAGCAGAGCGGCGCCGCGGCCUCAGAGACUCCCGUCUGUGGACGACGCAAGAACCUGACCUCGGCCGAGAGCUGCUCUGCUUUUUCUGUUUCUGUUUCCUGUCAGCGGUCUGCGGAGACCUCACACACUCACACUCACACACACACUCACACACACACAACGGUUUCUUUACUACUUGAUUGAUUUGCUGCAAAACACAUUGAUUGGUUUGAAUGUGGGAGCUGCAGGCCGGCCUCCGGAGCACAGCCCCGGCCAGCGGCUGGAAAGACGAGUUCAGGGUUUCACAGUUUUUCUUUUGGCCGUUUAUUCGCCAGGCGGCAUUCUGGGAAAACAUUUGUCCAGUCGGAUGCUCAUUUUGCCAUCGCUGCUGUCAAAAAAAAAAACACAAAAAACAACAUUAAAACAGCAUCAAGUAAUCUCUGAACUACAUGGUCAUCUGUUGGAAACCGAUAGGAGCUGGAACAACACACACAGUUUAUGAUAAUAAUUUUAAUAAAUAGAUGUCGACCCUCAUGCAGAUCGGGAAACGUCUAGAAAAUUAGUCAGAUCAUUUCCAUGACUUGAGAAGUUUUAGAAAAGCCCGCGGAAAAAUAAAAAUAAGAACCAGAGUAGAAACCAGUGAGGCCCAGUAGAGGAGGGAUUAAACUGACUUAAAACACAAAUAAUAAAAAUUUAAAAAUAAAUAAUAAUUGAAUCCUGAUGCCCAACUGAAAUCAAUGCAUCGUUUUUAUUUUAUUUUAUUAUAAUUUCAUGCAUAAUUGUGAAGAGUAAUCCUAAAAACUCGAUUGAAAUCAGUUCCUCUCAACCUGAAAGAGAUUUUAUUUUUCUGCUGUACAAUUUUAUUCUCAUCCCCAAAACUGAUUAUUCCUCUAUUUUUUUUUUGUGUAUGUGUGUGUGUGUGUGUGUGUGUGUGUGUGUGUGUGUGUGUGUGUUGAAAAUCAAGCCAAAACGGCUGAAAACCAUCAGACGUGUUUGACAUAUUUCCAGUCUUUAUUAACAUUCAUGAAACUGAAAAUUCUCCAGCUCUUGUCCGGGUCUGAGGGUCUGAAACGGUCUUUUUUUUUUUUUUUUUCCUGCUUCACAAUUUUAUCAUCAUCCCCCAAAACUGAUUUUUCCUCUAUUUGUUAAACUUCUGAAGCACUAGUGACGGUUUCCAGCCUCUUGAGGGAAUCCAAUUCAAAAAGGAGACUGAAAAAAUUGAAAUUGUGAUGCAAAUCGUGAUGCAGGAAGCAAGAAAGACUGAACACCAUCAGACUAUUUGACAUAUUUGACAUAUUUCCAGUCUUUAUUAACAUUCAUGAUGCUGCAAAUCAACCCAGAUCUCCAGCUUGGCUCCGGGUUUGAGGGUAAAAAAUCUGUUUUUUUUUUACGGUUGAUAAUGGUUCUGCUCCUCCUCUGUAUGCAGUUUAAACUCCAUUUGUUCAUUAUUCAGGAUAUGGUUAUUAUUUUUUUAACGGCAGACGUUCAUCCUGCUCAGUAUGCAAAGAGAGAUUCAAUGAACCAUCUGCUGCCUGUUGGGGGAAAAAAAAAACAACAACUGGUGUUUUAUUUUCCCGGUAACUAAAACUGGUUAGUGGCCAUAAAAUCAGGUUAUCGCUUUAUUUAUUGCAGAUAAUUGUCUGUGGAUAUGGUUGAUGCAGGAUUUGUCCGGCACUGACAAAACAGACAUCAGUGAGCUCAGAAGCUGCUGCUCUUCUCUUUGAGGGAAAAAAAAAUAGAAGAAAUUAGAUGAAAUGAUGGAGAAAAACAAAACUGAUCUGCACGCUGCACAUCAGUUUCUGUACGAACUGUAUUAAAAUCAACUUAAUGUGCAUAAUGUAAAAAGAUUAAAUAAAGAGAAGAAACCU